AUGGCUAACCUCUUCUGGACGCUGUUCUUGCUUCCUGUCUUUAGCACUGAGAAAAGCAGCAAAAUCCCCAGGCCGGAGAUCCGUUUUGAAGGUGAUUUGGUCAUAGGAGGCCUCUUUCCAGUCCAUGAGAAAGGGGGCCCUGGAUCUGAGUGUGGACGCAUGAACGAGCAUCGGGGCUUGCAGCGGCUGGAGGCCAUGCUUUUUGCUUUAGAUGCCAUUAACAAGGACCCCAGAAUUCUUCCAGGACUUAAACUGGGAGCGCACAUUUUGGACACAUGCUCCAAAGAUACCUAUGCCCUAGAGCAAGCCUUGGAGUUGGUGCGAGGAUCCUUGACUCGGGGUGAUGGUCCUCAGUACAUCUGCCCGGAUGGAUCCUACGCUAUCCAUGGGGAGACACUCACAGCGAUCAGUGGAGUCAUUGGCGGCUCUUAUAGUGAUGUCUCUAUACAGGUUGCCAACCUCCUGAGGCUCUUCCAGAUCCCACAGAUCAGUUAUGCCUCUACAAGUGCCAAGCUGAGUGACAAGACCCGUUAUGACUUCUUUGCCCGCACUGUUCCUCCUGACUUCUUCCAAGCCAAGGCCAUGGCAGAGAUCCUACGCUUCUUCAACUGGACCUAUGUGUCUACUGUUGCAUCUGAAGGGGAUUAUGGUGAGACUGGCAUUGAAGCCUUCGAGCUGGAGGCAAGGGCUCGUAAUAUUUGCAUUGCUACCUCUGAAAAGGUUGGGCGCUCCAUGAACAAGAAGACCUUUGCCAGUGUAAUCAGAGCCCUCCAGCAGAAACCUAGUGCCCGGGUUAUCGUGCUCUUCACCAAGAUUGAGGAUGCCCGAGAACUUCUGGCUGCUGCCCAGCAACUCAACGUUUCCUUUAUGUGGGUGGCGAGCGAUGGUUGGGGAGCACUGGAGAGCGUGGUGUCCGGCAGUGAGGAGGUGGCUGAAGGCGCCAUCACCAUUGAGCUGGCAUCGUACCCGCUGUUUGAGUUCUCAAGAUAUUUCCAGUCUUUACAUCCACUCAAUAACACUCGAAAUCCGUUCUUCAGGGAAUUCUGGGAGAAUAAGUUUCAGUGCCGGCUCAAUUCUUCAGACUGCAUGAAGCAUUCCCUGCAAGACGUCAAAUUCGAGCAAGAAUCCAAGAUCAUGUUUGUGGUGAAUGCUGUUUACGCUAUUGCUCACGCCCUGCACAACAUGCACCAGACCCUAUGCCCCAACGCCAGCAGCAUGUGCCCCUUUAUGAACCCAAUCAAUGGACGUCGCUUCUACCGGGAUUACAUCCUGAACGUGAAGUUCGAUGCUCCGUUCCCUCCUCCGGACACUCACAGCAUUGUGAGAUUUGACAAGUUUGGUGAUGGAAUAGGUCGUUACAACAUCUUCUGCUUCCAGAAAACAAAUGGACAAUACCGCUACCAGAAAGUCGGCUACUGGGCUGAGGAGCUGACGCUCAAUACCAGCCGGAUCCCAUGGGCGCUCAACUCGGUGCCUGUGUCUCAGUGCAGUGACCCUUGCAAGAAGAAUGAGGUGAAGAGCAUGCAGCCUGGAGAUGUCUGCUGCUGGAUCUGCAUCCCCUGCCAACCACACGAGUACCUCCUCGAUGAGUUCACUUGUAAGGACUGUGGCCUGGGGUACUGGCCCAAUGUGGACCUCAAGGACUGCUUCGAGCUUCCUCAGGAGUACAUCCGCUGGAGUGAUGCCUGGGCUCUGGGGCCCGUCUGCCUCUCCUGCCUGGGUCUACUCUCCACCCUGUUUGUGGUUUGGAUGUUUGUUCAGAAUAAUAAUACGCCCGUCGUGAAGGCCUCGGGGCGAGAGCUCUGUUACAUCCUGCUGAUUGGAGUGCUGCUCUGCUAUGCCAUGACCUUCAUCUUCAUUGCCAAGCCAUCCACCGGUGUUUGCACGCUUCGUCGUCUAGGACUCGGCACGUCCUUUGCUAUUUGCUACUCGGCUCUGUUGACAAAAACCAACCGGAUUGCCCGCAUCUUCAAUGGCGCACAAGAUGGGGUGCAGAGACCUCGCUUCAUAAGUCCGGCCUCCCAGGUCGGCAUUUGCAUGGCGCUCAUCUCCUGCCAGCUGCUUGUGGUGCUGGUGUGGCUUCUUCUCGAGCCGGCUGGGACCCGCAAGGACACGGCCCCUGAUAAGCGAUACGUGGUAACACUGAAGUGUAAUAGUGGUGACGGCAGCAUGUUGGUGUCCCUCUCCUACAACGUCCUCCUGGUUCUGCUCUGCACCCUCUAUGCCUUCAAGACGAGGAAGUGUCCCGAGAACUUUAACGAAGCCAAAUUCAUUGGAUUCACCAUGUACACCACCUGCAUCAUCUGGCUCGCCUUCCUGCCCAUCUUCUAUGUCACCUCAAGUGAUUACAGGGUGCAGACGACCACCCUGUGCGUGUCGGUCAGUCUCAGUGGCUCUGUUGUCCUAGGAUGUCUGUUUACUCCAAAGAUCCACAUAAUAAUGUUCCAGCCACAGAAAAAUGUCACUAGCCACCGCAGUGCCACCAACCGCUUCAGUGCCACGGGGGCAGGAGGGUCGCGUGGUUCCACCGUCCAGUACGUCCCCACGGUGUGCAAUGGCCGAGAAGUGGUUGACUCUACGACCUCGUCCCUCUGA